GGUAGACAGUGUCAUUGUACAAUGCCAAAUUUUCCGACACAAAACAACAAGAUGAUCUUUGAGACAGAACAACAGCGAGUCGGUUUGACAACACUUCCACCCGAGAUCCUGCACAAUGUGUUAUACUUUGUGUCGCCAAAGGAUCUGGCCCGGGUGUCGAGGACGAAUAAACAGCUGCACAGCUUUGUGCUAAACAAUGGGCCGCUGUGCCGAGAUAUAUAUCUCCGCUUACUUGACGACCCCAGCGAGUCUGCUGCCGGUGCCGACCUCGACUGGCAACAGGAGCUUCGAGACUUCGUGAGGCUCACCCGCGUCUGCAGCAAAGAAUGGCGCGAAAAGGCUCCUGAGCUUCGUUUCGUUCAUGAUGUGGUCGUAAGGCUUCUUAAUAGAUCCUCAUGUAGUGAUCGUACCAACGCCAAACGAACACGCAAUGCGGUCACUUUCUCUCCGUCGCGGAACACGGCUCUUCUGGCUCAUAUCUUUGAGGAUGAGUCGACCAGGCGAGCCUUCCUGUGUCAAUCUUUCAUUUGGCAGCGGGCCCGUGGAAAGGGGAAAUACUUUGAGCGGCCACCCAAACCAGAGCAUCAAAUGUCCGCCCGGCUUCACUGCCUCUAUGGUGUACCACAGCUCGACAUGGCCAUGAUAUUUGAAGAAAUCCCAGAGGAAAUACCCCCUGAUCAGAUGUCUGAGAUGGACAAGCAGAAUGGCAUAUUUGCAUUUGCGCUCGCCAAGGUUUAUGAUCUGAGGGAGUUUCACCCCCGCGCCACUUGGGGUCCAUUCUUGGCCGAUGACAGCGGGCGGGUCGAUUGGGAGCGCUUGGAGGCUAUCAUGAUAGCCAUCAAGCAUGGAGUCUCCAGGAUGGGACUCGAGGAAGAGCAUCUACUCUUUGACGUCUGUUGGAAUAGACCUUUUGAAGGAGCCUGGAAGAACAGCUACGUCCCGAUGCCGCUCACGCAUCCCGCCGACGAUGACUUAGAUAAGUACGAUCCGUUUGGCGUUUCCGGCACGUACCUCCGCGUCAUUUGCUUUUUGGACUACGGCGACUUUUUCAACUUCAACUUCCACAACGGCGUCAUCGAGCUCACAGGCGAGCUCGUGACCAACGACAUGCCGCGACCAAUCGUUCCGGUUGGAGAGGCGUCGAGGUUGAUGAUGAUGAAGAUUCACGUCACCAAGAUCGAGAAGCUCGAGGGCCGGGCCGAGGAGGAGAAGGGGCCUGAUGCCGUUGUCGUGCACUUUGCCGGCUUCACGGAGCUGCUGCACGGGUUCGGCAGUCAAAACCUCAGCUCCACAAUCAAAGGCAAGGUUCGCCUCACGCCCGAUGGCGAGGUCAGGUGGACUACAAUAUCUGUUUUUGCCGGCCAGGAACGAUGGAGUAGCGAGGGGAUCCAGAUUGGAGGGCCUAAGUCGGCCAAGUGUAUCGUCGGAAAUUGGUUCGAUGUGAAUCACGACCCUACUGGACCAGUAGGACCAUCAGCGUUUUGGAAAAUCAGCGAUAGAGAUCCAGAGGUCAACGACGACAAGUUCAGCACCAGCGAUGUGCUUCCAUGGUUCUACCCGAGCGGUAACGGCCCAGUUCCCGAUGGGGUUGAAACGGAAGAAAUCAUUAUUGAUGACCAUAGCAUUUCCGGGAGCGAGACGGAUGAUUGAGCGUUUUGUUACGUAGCGUGCGAUUGAGAAUCCAUGGAGUACCAGCUUUCCACAUGCCUCCUGGUAGGCCUGUUUACACUUAUUUAUUUUUGUUCUACAGCCAUAUAUGUGUUAUUUGCUCCUUUAAUCAUUAUGCGAGGGCUGUAGGGUAAUAUCCAGCUUAUAUGCAUGGAUUCCCUGGGGGUGAUAUAUGGCCGGUUGUGGACUUCUUGUUGAAGCAAUUCAACCCAAGCCUUGCUAGCCAGGAAAUCAGUGUCCUUGUUCUAGUCUAGUCUAUGCCUUUUUAGAGGCUGCUUAUAGAUCCAGAUCUAGUUCUAGUAGUUCUAGUAUACCCCCUUUGAAAACCCUCCAAAAGAAAACCACAAUACACAGGUUUCCAUGUCUACAUCUUACUGCCAGCCAGAUGCUCAAUGCUGGCCUUCUCGUGCUCACAUGUUGCCAUCACAACGCCAUCCUCGGCCCUCCUCAUGGUGCCUCUGAGUGCGCACAAGCGCCCACCAGCUGCGAUGAUGUCGCACUCGAUAAAUAUGGUUUGGCCGAGCGGGAUGGGUCGCAGGUAGGUGACUGACAAGUUGCGACUCACCCCCAGCAUGGACCAGAAGCCAGGCUUGGCGAUCAAGCACAGAGGCACUGGGUCGUAUAAUGUUUUUUUUUUUUAGCAUUUGCUGUUCUACUUGGACCUCUGACAGAAAGCCUGGUUUAUGCAUUUGAUGUGUAAUACUUGCUGUGUCACCGAGGAAGAGUACUGGAGAAAUCAGGCUUACUCGUGGUACAGUAAUCGAACAAUGUGGCUGCAGCGCCACCGUGCAAGUUGCCGAGCCUGUUGCAGUGUUGCUUCUGGACGGUGUAGGUGAAAGUCGCCAUGGCUAGACCUUCGCUCCUUGGACUCGCCUCGGGACCCUUUGCGGCGGCGACAAGCUUCAAGUGCUCGCCCCCGAUUGCAGAGAUGAAGUCGCCUUCGCCAAUGCCCAGGUAGGCGUCUAUGACACUUUGUACGGUUUCCAUACACUCCUUGUCUGCCUUGCACUGCAGCGCCAUUUUGUUUUUGUUUUUCCUUGUUGAUAGGUAGGUUGUCUCUUGGUCUUUGGAGGCAAGGUAUGUUAAAAAAAAAAAAAAAAAAAAAAAAAAAAAAAAAAAAAAGCAGGUUCUAUCAGGUGGUAAUGAGACACGUUUUAUAUGUCUUUUUUCUCAAGUGAAUGUUGCUCUCAAAUUGCCUAGGUACUCGAAUUAGUUCUAG